AUGGCCCUUGUGAGAGACCCAUUCUUCUGGAAACGCUUCUCAACAGCAGUCCACAUGGACGAAGAAGCCAAAGCUGUCGACCAAGGAACACAGACCACACCUGCCCCAACAUCAUGGCUAUCACGGGAGCGACGGAAACGCAAGAGAUCUAUCAUCUACGGCUUUAUAAUCUUCUUCGCCGUCGUUUUUGCCGUCGUAGCUAGUGUCAUUGUCUGGUGGCUUGCCAAGAACAACUGGCUCCAGCCUGGACCUGAUGAAACACCUUGA